GCGUGCCACUCCUAUGGAUGAUCUUCCUUGUUCCCGACAUUAAAGCUGACUUCCUCGUGACCACCAUAUAGCUGUCCGACUGCAUAAGAUGUGUGUAGUGCCGGUUAUAUCUCGUAUACUGGAAUUGAUCAUUCUAGGUACACUACUCAACAAUGGACUUGUUCAUGGACAAGUCAACAUUGCUCUUGAUCGUCCAGCAAACUCCAGCAGUGUAUUCUCCGAAAAAGGGAAUACCUAUGGGCCAGCCUCUAAGGUAGUUGAUGGGAACACGGAUCCAUUUCUAGAUGGCAACAGUUGUCUGCUGACUGACAGAAUUACUACCUCUUUGGCUUGGUUGUGGAUUGACCUCGGGAACACGUCGGUGGUCCAGCGGAUUGAACUGACUAAUAGAAAAGGCGGGAAUGAGGAAAAUAAUACACCUAAAAAAGAUGUCGACCACAAAGAGCAUCUGAAAGGUUUUGCCAUGGCUGUCAGCAAUACGACACAGAUACCUCCAGUGAAUUCAGAUGUCUGCUACAGUCACCCGGGCAAUGGCCUACCAGCCGUGUUUCAAAACAGGACAUGCAAAACUGGCCACCAAAUAGGACGAUAUGUGAUAAUAUACAACACGAGGCAACCUUCUAAAGAUGCCAGACUGGAAAUAUGUGAAGUAAAAGUAAUAGGUUGUUUUGCUGGAUAUUACGGCAAAAACUGCUCAAGUCCCUGUGGUCACUGUAUUGACGGUCAGUGCAUGCCGAACAAUGGUUCUUGUAUGCUUGGGUGUACGGAAGGGUACCGUUGGGACAGGUGCACUGAAGAAUGUUUUGCUGGAUAUUACGGCAAAAACUGCUUAAGUCCCUGUGGUCACUGUAUUGACGGUCAGUGCAUGCCGAACAAUGGUUCUUGUAUGUUUGGGUGUACGGAAGGGUACCAUGGGGACAGGUGCACUGAAGAAUGUUUUGCUGGAUAUUACGGCAAAAACUGCUCAAGUCCCUGUGGUCACUGUAUUGACGGUCAGUGCCUGCCGAACAAUGGUUCUUGUAUGCUUGGGUGUACGGAAGGGUACCGUGGGGACAGGUGCACUGAAGAAUGUGACAAAGGCAGUUACGGUAUGCACUGUGACAGAAUAUGUGGGAUCUGUGAUCAAAAUGAAACCUGCAAUCACAUAACAGGAUCUUGUACCAAUGGAUGCGCUAGUGGACAUAGUGGGCAAAAGUGUACUCGUGUGAACCUUGCCUUUGGGAGACCGACUGCUGUCAGUGGGAACUCAACCAACUUACACUCCGAUGUAACAGUGGACGGGAACAAGACGGAUGGCCAAUGUAUCACCACGUCGCGUGGUGCCAAGUACGCGUGGUGGAGGGUCGACCUGGGUCGACUGGCUAUUAUAAGUCAUGUUACCAUUGACAUCACCACAAGCAACAAGUCUAAGAGUCUGUUAGGAAAACGUCUGCACGGAUUUGAGAUCACAGUCAGCGAGGAGGAAUUGAGUACAGAGAGUGAUGUAUGCUAUACAGACAGGGAUCCACGGUUACCAAACCUAAUACAGAACCGCACGUGUGAAAUGGUCGGCAGAUAUGUCGAGAUUAGUAUUGAUCGGAGAAAUGGAACUACAAGAAACCCAAACAAAACUUAUAAAUACAGUAUAAAUGCUGUUUUGGAAUUGUGCGAAGUACAAGUUACAGGAUGCGUACCAGGGUCGUAUGGCGAAAACUGUGAGCUUUCUUGCCCAGCACAAUGCACGGAUAACAUGUGUUUCUCUAAUGCGACCUGUGUGUUUGGAUGUGAUGCCGGGUACCAGGAAACCUUUUGUAACGAAACUUGCGAAAAUGGAUAUUUUGGCAUAAAUUGUCAACUGACGUGUGGCCAUUGCUUGAAUAGCCGAAAUUGCAAUCCUGUGAACGGAGUAUGCCCCCUUGGUUGUGAAACAGGAUGGAUUAGUGAAAAGUGUAAAACACCAUGCACUUCCGGUUAUUAUGGUGCCAACUGUACUGAAGAAUGCGGAAGCUGUGUAAACUAUACAGCCUGUAAUCAUACUAACGGUGUCUGUCAUGAUGGCUGUGCUUCCGGUUUCAAAACAACACCAUCUUGUCAGGAAAAAUGUGAAAACCACACCUUCGGGUUGAAUUGCUCACAGAGUUGCGGUACGUGUAGGAACGAGUCAGCUUGCGAGCAGACGACAGGAAUAUGUACGGAAGGUUGUGAUCCGGGUUGGCAGGAACCUUACUGCAAUGCUGAAUGCCUAAACCAUACGUACGGUCAUAACUGUUCAUCCCAGUGCGGUCAUUGUCGAGAUGGGGUCCCCUGCAACGUUACUGACGGUCGCUGUUUGGAUAUUUGUGAACCGGGUUGGCAACUUCCCAAUUGUGAAAUUGAGUGUGAAAAUGGUACAUUCGGGACCAAUUGCACAAAUACAUGCGGAAAGUGUGAAGCUGGUUCUAGCUGUGACAAUGUGAACGGGGCCUGUACAGAGGGAUGUGAGCCGGGCUGGCAACCUCCGAUGUGUAUAACAGAAUGUCAGACUGGUUUCUAUGGUGAUCAAUGUCAUGAAGUUUGUGGAGCGUGCGUGAACGGUACCAAUUGUCAUCAUGUCAACGGAACAUGUGAACACGGAUGUGACGAAGGUUGGCAAGGCAACACAUGUGAUAAAGAAUGCGAUGCCGGAUUCUACUGGGAAAACUGUGAAGAAAAAUGCGGCAACUGUAAACAUGGGACCACUUGUAACCGUACCGAUGGAAAAUGUCCUGACGGCUGUGACAAUGGAUGGAAAGGCCAACAUUGCGACGAGGAAUGUCAGACUGGUUUCUAUGGUGAUCAAUGUCAUGAAGUUUGUGGAGCGUGCGUGAACGGUACCAUAUGUCAUCAUGUCAACGGAACAUGUGAACACGGAUGUGACGAAGGUUGGCAAGGCAACACAUGUGAUAAAGAAUGCGACGCCGGAUUCUACUGGGAAAACUGUGAAGAAAAAUGCGGCAACUGUAAACAUGGGACCACUUGUAACCGUACCGAUGGAAAAUGUCCUGACGGCUGUGACAAUGGAUGGAAAGGCCAACGUUGCGACGAGGAAUGUCAGACUGGUUUUUAUGGUGAUCAAUGUCAUGAAGUUUGUGGAGCGUGCGUGAACGGUACCAUAUGUCAUUAUGUCAACGGAACAUGUGAACACGGAUGUGACGAAGGUUGGCAAGGCAACACAUGUGAUAAAGAAUGCGAUGUCGGAUUCUACUGGGAAAACUGUGAAGAAAAAUGCGGCAACUGUAAACAUGGGACAACUUGUAACCGUACCGAUGGAAAAUGUCCUGACGGCUGUGACAAUGGAUGGAAAGGCCAACGUUGCGACGAGGUGUGUGAUCCAUUCUCAUAUGGUGCCUCUUGUUCAAGUAUAUGUGGACACUGCCUUCACACGGAAUCAUGUAACCAUAUCAGUGGAAUGUGUGCCAAUGGCUGCGAGAACGGCUGGAUGUCGCAAGAAUGUGACCAAGAAACUGAACAGACAAGUUCUGGUGCUGCUAUUGGUGCUGGUGUUGGAAGUAGUGUUGUUGUUGUUUUGGUGGUAAUUGGAAUAACUAUAUUUUAUGUUAUGAAGAGAAGAAGAUCAUCAAAUCCUCCAGAAUCAGAAGAACUUGUUGGAAUGCCUACGGUUGACAUACCCAUGUUUUUGUCCAAAAAACUUCACUCAAAUGAACUACAUGAAGAAUUCAAGCAACUUCCUGGUGGUGCUGUCCAUGCCUGCGAUGCUGGUCAAAGACCUGAAAACAAAUCUCGAAACCGCUUUCUGACAACGUUUCCAUAUGACCAUUCACGCGUGAUUUUGAGAGGCGAAGGAAACGAUUACAUCAACGCUAACUAUAUUGACAGUUUAGAGAAAAAAAAUGCAUAUGUGGCCACUCAAGGCCCAAAAAAGAAUACCUUAGGAGACUUUUGGGCAAUGUUGUGGCAGAAUAAAUCGGACAAAAUCAUCAUGCUGGCCAACUGUAUCGAGAUGGGCAAGCCUAAGGUAGAGCAGUAUUGGCCGGAUAAGGGACACUCGCGCGACUUUGGAGAUUACCGAGUGGUGACAACCAAUGAACAAAUAUUUGCCGCCUUCACCGUCAGAACGUUGUCGCUGUAUGGGAACACGUGCCAGACACCAAUGGAGAUUAUGCAGUUUCACUUUACAAAAUGGCCGGAUCAUGGUACACCGGACAUUAUACACCUUGUGAACUUCUACAGACAUGUGCAGUCAACUAAAACCAAACAUCACGGUCCAAUGGUUGUACAUUGCAGUGCGGGAAUCGGCCGGACCGGGACGUUUAUAGCUAUCGAUGCGCUGGUUCACUACGGCACACUGCAAGGCAAUGUGGAUCCUUUAGAUUACGCCAAACUGAUGAGACAGAAUCGAAUGAACAUGAUUCAAACGAAGGAGCAGUACGUUGCUGUCCACGAGGUGUUAUUGGAUCACUUUAUCUGUGACGAUUUUACACUGACAAUAGAAGAAUUUCAGGACGACUCUGAGAACAUGUCAGGACUUCAGGAUGAAUUUAUGACUCUCUCUAAGUAUCGACCAAACAUUACAUUAAAGGAAAGCUCAGAUGCAAUGUCCGAAGAAAACAUAUCAAAGAACAAAGACCUCGAAAUUAUUCCAGCCAACAGAUAUAGACCCUACCUGAUGUCCCAGUCACCUGAUAGGACCAACUACAUCAAUGCUGUUAUAAUACCGUCAUGUAAGACAGAAAUAGCAUUCCUCGUUACCCAAAUGCCAAAUGACGAUACGCUAGAUGAAUUUUGGGCUAUGGUGUUUGAUUAUCAGUCCACUGCAAUCUUGAUUCUGGAUCCCGACUCUAAGACACUUCCAUCUCAGUCGCGUCCUCUUGUGGCAACACGGUCGUUUUCUGUUCAGCACGUCCCGAUGACCGAGGCUUCAGACAACUACGAACACGUCCGAGUGCAGAAUAUUGCUGUAGUCAGGAAGGGACAUCCUGAUAGCUUCUUGACAAGCUCGUUUGAGGUGACGAGGUGGCCCAACGAGGAGGACCAGUCUGUUUCUCCCAUAAUUAAAGCCAAUUAUGCUGUCCAGUCAUCUCAGUACGGUCACACAUCCCCCGGGCCGGUCACAGUUGUCUGCAGAAACGGCUCUGACAGAUGCGGUGUGUUUUGUGCCGUUUCAAAUGCAGCCGAGUGUUUGAACAUGAACCGCACUGCUAACGUUUUCCUGACGAUUCGACAACUACAGUAUCGGAGACCAUCCUUCAUUCGCACACUUCAUGACUACGAACUGUGUUAUCGAGCCGUGGCUGCGCAUUGUGAAACCAUCAGUGACUAUGGAAAUGUAUGAUACAUCUAUCAUUCUAGAGUUAUAACAGAUAAUGGUGUGCGAUACCUAACAGAUAUAGUGGUCAAGCCGACUCUACUUACUGAACUAGUUAUCUAAAGCCAAAAAUGAAUAUACGGGAAGAUAUAAUGAUACAGCAUCAGUGACCAUAGAAACGCAAGCCGGACAAAGCAUAUAUGUCCUUAUCAAGCCUGAAGUUGCUAUUCGUGUACACCGCUAUUGGAGGUUGUUAUAUGUAACCGUUGUUAUAAAAACUACAAAAACUGUUUAAAACAAAUUCUGAAAUGUCGGGACAAAAAGAACCAAUAAGCGAGGUUCAAUCACAUUGAAAUACAAUUAUGCUAGAUAGAAUCACCAUCAUGCGGGAUAGACAAAACUAUCAUCAGGCGGCACUAAAACACCAAUAAGUGUGAGAAAAUCCAUAGGAUAGGAUAAAACUAUGUAAGAAAGGGCGGGAUAGACACACUAUAAGGCGGAGUGAAACGCCGCUAGACCGGAUAGAAACACCAGAGGGCUAUAUACAUACACCAUAUUGCGGGAUAAAAGCACACAAGGCAGGGUUGACACACCGUUAUUCGUUAUAGAAACACGACAAGGCGGGAUAGAAAUACGUAGAGCGGCAUAUCAACACCAUUAGACUUGGUUGAAGAAACAUGCUUUACUGAUUGUCACCAGAAACGAUCAUCGAGCAUUGUCGAGCAUCAUCGAGAUCAAACCUGUCUCAACCGAACCCGCCAAGGACCUUACCUGUCUUAAAUGAAUCCCAAGACGUGUAACGUUCCGGACUCUAAUGACACCUGUCCAAUAUACAUUGUACUGGUUACGAACGAAAUAAACUGUGACUCGGAUUGUUCUUAUACGGGGUUAGAUAUAUAUACUGGUCACGAUGUGCCUAUUUCUUCAUAUGGUAGAAGUUAAUGAAGAUAUCAAUUUGUAAAUAUAGACAUGUUUUGAACUACGGUGAAAUAGUCUAUAGUAAUCCCUUGUUAUUUUGUUAGCAAGAACUCGCGUGUAAUGAUUUACAUAGAAUAGCAUUGUCUUAUUUUUAGCAUUCAUUGCCAUAGAGACAACCGCGAGAUGCUAUAUCAUUGUAUAAUUUUUGUAGCUAGCCGUUUUUCAUUUUAUAUAUAUUAUUACUGUGUACGCUGUAGGGUUUAACAUAUUACGUUAACUUAUAAAAAGCAGGAAGAUAAUGAUCUAUAAAGUAUUCUACCACUUCUGAGAUGAAAUUACACUUUUCAUUGGUUAAUAAUAUCCUUUGACGAGAGGCCAUGCACGUUCAGCAGUCUUCCAAAAAUCUCCUUCAUAUUGCAGAUGUAAACACGCCAGCCAUGAACUUGUUUCCUUAUUGACUGGGAUUACCUGCAUUUAUUUUUGUAUGCAAAAUUUGAAGAUUUGCUAAUGAACAAACGAAAAAAACAAAUAUCUCCAGAUCUCUAAAACCAAGUCGAGGUCGCGUAAGAAAGUGGAUGAGUGGUUCCACCGACAUGACAUGAAACUUUCAUAGUAAUACAAAUAGAUCGUAAUACAAAUACAUAAAAAUACAAAUACAUCGUAAUACAGAAACAUGUGUACACGAACACAAAUAUAUCGUAAAACAAAUACAUCGUAAUACAGAAACAUGUGUACACGAACACAAAUACAU